AUGUGGUAUGAUGUUAACCGUUUCCAUAUUUUCGCUUUUAUAACUUGGCAAUUUGCUAACUUCUUCGGGAGUCAGAAUAUUUUCGGAAUCUAUUCGAAUCAUGUUCCGAAAUGGAAAUGCGGGAAUGAUUCGCAGCCAACAAAAGACUGUAAAGUGUAUUCUUCGUGCCCGAAGAAUAAGUUGAUGUUUGUGGAUCCAGCGUAUUAUUCGGCUGCUAUCGAAUUUGAUUGGAUCUGUGGCUCUUCAUCUUUCAAUCAAUCAUUUUUCACUCAAAUUCAAUAUUUUGGAGUUCUUAUCAGAACAUUACUUUUCGGAUAUCUAUCAGAUAGAUUUGGAAGGAAACCUGUUGGAAUUUUUGUUUUAUCAAAUGGAAUUUGUUCUACUUUUGCCAGUGGACUUGCCCCGAAUGUGACUAUUUUAUUUGCAUUAAGAUUCUGUGUUGGCCUCUCCAUCGGUGGAACAAUCGUCGUUCUCUGUGCAUGGAUAAUGGAAGUAAUUCUUCCACAACAACGAAUGGUUUUACGUGGAUUCUUCAAUUGGGGAUGGAGCAGAAUUGGAUUAACAAUAUUAUGUUAUUUAACUCGUGAAUGGAGAUUUGCCUCCUUUACAGCUGCAAUUUCUCUGAUUCCUGCUCUUAUUCUUGUGAUUUUUGUGCUGCCUGAAUCUCCAAUUUGGCUACACAGCAAAGGAUUCAAAGCGAGAAUGACUCAAAGUGAAAUUCACAUUACAAAAGUCGCUGGUGUCCCAUAUACUCCAGUGGAACACAAAACUCUCCGUCCGAAAACAUUAAAAGAAACAUUAAAGACGAGGGGAAUGUUCAAGAAACUUCGAAUAUUGUGGUCAAUGUGGUUCAUUAUUGCUAUUUGUAGUACAGCAAUGGAUCUUAACUCUGGAAACUUAGCAGGAGAUCUCUACUUGAAUCAACUAUGCUUUGGAGUUCUACUUGUCUUCUCUAAAAUGUUGCUUCUUCUGGUAGAUACUCAUUUUUCCAGUUUCAAAAGAAGAACUUUACACCAAGGAUCUCUCAUUGGAUCAUUGAUUUGCAUCACUGUUUUGACUUGUUUCAUGGCAAAGGAUUACCAUAGCACAGGAGUCCUUAUUGUCUAUCUAUUCGGAACAGUUUUCAUCGAAUACACGUGGGAUGCGUGUUAUCUUUGUGCAAUUGAAUUAAUGGAGACUUCAUCGAGAGCAAGUGCUACUGGUUCAUGUUCUCUUUUUGCUCGUAUCGGGAAAAUUCUGGCUCCGAUUCUGAUUCACGCUAACGCGUGGUGGCCGUAUUCAGUUAACACAACUGUUUUGCUUUUGGGAGUUAUUAACUUGUUAAUUUCGUAUUUCUUCUUGCCAGAAUCAAAAGGAGUCAAUUUGGAUGAUGUUCACGUGGAUGAUGACGAAAAUGUUGAAGUUCUUCUAGCAGGAAGACUUAUUCUGGAAGAUUCACAGUUUGACUGA